AUGGCGGUGAUAUUCAUUUAUACCAUUCUUGCGAUUCACACCCGAAUCCCGUCUGCCAAAAGGAUCAUUAAUUCAGUGCCCAAGGUCAUGUUCAUUACCGUGGGUGUGGUCCUCGGAAAUAGCUUUUUCGAUCCACUGAGUUAUGCGGGCGUUUCUAAGGUUGUUAAGCCUGAAAAGAUAUCCAACCCUGGUAAGUCGCCAUCAGAUGCGCCACCUUCCUCACCUGAAGCUUUAUCCGACUCUCCACAAGAGAUGGUUCCUGCCUCGGGUGAAAAAGGUGCCGUAUCAAAUGGCAAUAAAGCUGACGAACAAUAUGGCGAUAACGCCGUUAUUACGAUUCACGCCCUUAUUGUGUUGUUUAUGCGCUUCGCCAUGUCUAAGUUGUCAGCGGGAUAUAAUGAAACGAGAAUCAGUCUCGGGUACUGUUUACCCAAAUUCAGGCCCAACCAUAGAAUGUCUAGGUCAAACGUCGGCUGGUAUCUAUUUAGGAAAACGUUUAAGACUGCUUGGAAGGCUAUAGGCGAUGAUUUUGACAUGGAUAUCAGAACAUAUUUAUAA